AUGCUGACCCAACUGCUCGGGCUGCUCUUCCUGCUUCACUCUGCAAAUUCGCAGCCCAUCAAUGGGGAGGUGGUAUACCGGGACACCACUAUGUACGGUGUGGUUGGCAAAGCUGUGAUUCUGGAGUGCGGGUCCACCUUACCUGACAUGUACAUAUGGAGCUUCACCAGGCCCAGAACUGAAACCAUCAAGGCGGUGGUGUACGACUUGGGCCAAGGUCCCAGGAUCCAGAAGCUGGCCCAGACGCUCGGGCAAGUGACGGUCAUCUCAAAAAGUGCUGAUGUCAGCAUCGACAAGCUUCAUAUGUCUGCUCAAGGCCUCUACACCUGCCAGGCUUUCUAUGACAUAGACAACGCGCCCGUAGUCUACUACUACUACGUCCACCUUAGAGUACGAGUUCCAUUGACAAAGCCGCACCUCCUGGUGAGCGACGUCUCUCCAGUGGCGGGAUCGACGAUAUGGCUGCGAUGUAAUCUGGACAACGGGACGGGACCCAUCCAGUAUGUAUGGCAACAAGAAAGCCGUCACGGGAACAUCUCGGCGUUCGCGCAAGGCAACACGAGCCUGGUCAACGUGACGGCGGUGAACCGUAACCACACGGGCUGGUACCGCUGUCUGGCCAGCAACGCGGUCAACAGUGAGCGCUCUGAUAGGAUUUGGCUCGACAUUAUCUUUGGUCCGGACAUUCCUCAGAUCGACGUGACGCCGUACACGGUGACAGAGCGAGGUUACUCGGCCUUAGAGAGAGAGACCGUCUCUCUGCAGUGUCAUGCUCAGUCCAAUCCACCCAGCCAGUACGUGUGGUUCUACAACAACUCGCAGGUGUACAGUGGGCCACAAUUCACCAUCACCAAGGUCCUUCGCAUGCACACGGGCGACUAUGCCUGCCUGGCGCAGAACACCUACCUCAACACGCGCUCCAAGAAAACCAUCAGCCUGACUGUGUACUAUCCACCAGACGGCUCUCCUUCCUGCUCCAUGCAGCCGGCCAUAAAUCACACCUCUCUGAGACUACGCUGCUCCUGGGCUGGCGGUUUCCCACCCGCCUACGUUCACUGGGCUGAAAACUUGAGACGUGUAGAAAGAGACGAGGUUGACAGUGGACACAACGACAUCUUGCUGCCGUCCGAAGACCUGGCAGGGAAUAGCAGCUUGUUUACGUGCACGGGCUCCCAUCUUGCACUCAAACAAGCAGUGGAGUGCAGCACACGUGCAUCUCUUCCCCCUUCAGAACCGGUGUGCUUAGCCUACGUGAGGACCAACGAGCAGUAUCUGAUGUUGUCCUGCUCCUGGGACGGAGGGGCACCCAACGCUUUGGUGUGGUGGGAGGGCCAUGGCACCCCCAGAGAAGAGAACUACAACAUCCUGAUCAUUCGCUACGGCACCGCCCGCAGUGGAAGACCGUACGUCUGCCACGCAAAACAUCCACUUCUGGGCCAAACUAAGACCUGCAGGCUCACGUUGGAGGCCCCCGUGUUGCUAACGCAGCGGAGGGUUGUGUCUGUGUACGAGGGGGCCGACGUGCAGCUCUCAUGCAACUUGAGGGCCAACUACCUUCCCACCAGUCAGAUAACGUGGUUCAAUAAUCAUGGUUUGGACGUCCGCGACACGUCCAAGUACGUGCUACUGAGAACAUCAGCGUGGGCCAACCUGACCGUGCGAGACACAGAUGAGACUCAGGAUAGCGGCGAGUACAGGUGCACCUCAAGCAACGCGGUGGGAGGAGCUGACCUAAACAUCACACUAGUGGUUAAAAAGCACCCCAUGCCACCCAAUGCCACCCUGAUCAGGGUGAUGUACAUCGGCCGCCUGCGGAACGAGGUGGAGCUAGAGUGGAAGAUGGAGCAGGAUGCCCAACAAGGAUGGACCGGAUUCGUCGUGCAGCACAGAGGGGCGAACGAGCGGCCGAGGAGGAGAGCAAGCGGCAAUGACUCAAUGGAGGAAACACAGGAAAGAAUCAGUGCCUCGGUUUGGCACCAUAACAUCAUCCAGGAUCCCGAUGUCAGGAUUCACACUGUGGGCAGGCUGACACCCACCGCAAAGUACCAGUUCCGUGUCACGCCUUUCAACCACAGAACAGUCGGGCACCCCUCUGCUGCAAAGACGCCAGCCGAGCCACGCGCCAAUAACUACGCAGCUGUGAUCGGAGCAGGCAUCGGCGGGAUGCUCUUUGCGGCCAUCGCCACAGUGCUACUGCUCGUCUACGUUUUCCGCAACCGCAACAACAACCCCCGACUUCAUGACAUGUUGUUUGGCCUGCAUCACAGCCAGUCGAGGGAGAACAUUAACUUCCCAGAGGAUGAGGUGGUCAACGGGACAGAGACGGGAAUAGGGGAAAUGGGUAGUUCAUCAAGCCCAGGCAAGAGUCCACGAAUUCCCCGAGCAGCUUCACCCUUGACCACCGCAGGCCAAGCCCCUCCCACAGGUGACAACGAACCCGUCAAUGUCACGAUUACCGUCCAGGCUACCGGCUCCUAAAGUAUCUUCCCAGGAAGUCAUAUAAGUCCUCAUUUGUAAUUUCCAAGAUUGCAUUACUAAGUGUGUUCUAGCCAUUCCUUCGUCUGUAGCCUGAAAUUUGCCGUUUGAUUCCUCUUGUAAAACCAUCGUAAUUGUGUAAUGCAGGUUGUCUGUCAAAAACAUCUUAUUCAAAAUAAUUUAUUAAAGAUAUUGAACAGUAACAGCAAAAUUAGAACAAAGGCUGAACAGAGAUGUAACUUCUAUAUGGAUUGUUGGCAUAGCAUGUCUGAGUUAUUUCUAAAAACCAAUCAUGACAACAGGAAGUGGGGGGACAAACACAAACCAUAACGAAGAAGCAGAAGGACACUUGAAGAGAACGCAUUUAAAACAUUGUAUUAAACAAUUAACAGCUACAUAUAUACAGGUACCGCCCUCCUUCACUGUCAUGUUCAUAUGUUUAGUCACCAGUAGCCUCAUGUAAUAGAAAAUGCAUUCUUCUGAGUGCAGAUGAUGUCGCACAACUUCUGCUUUAUCUUCAAGAAGAGGCGCUUGAACUCCAGACC